UCUCUGAUGAGGCAAAACCAUGGAGAUAUAAUAGCGACAUGUCUGAAACCCAGUUGAAGCUUGGAGUACCGUAGUGAAUUUCAAGCAGGAAGAGGGCUUUCGUUUCACGUCUAUGAUGAACGCUUUGCUAUGAUGCUGAUAGGUUAACCGCAUAGCGUUCUCAAUUCUCCCUUUCAACCGUUUGUAAGUGGGAUCUCUGUACCGGCUCUAAAAGCUACAUUUUGUAGAACUCCGAGAUUCACCAUCACAGUCACCGUGCCGCUCUGGUAAACCCUGCCGUGUAAUUCACCAUUAGCACCGGGUGGGCCCUCUCCGGCGUAAUACGUUGGCCAACGGGAAAUAUUCACAGCUAACCGUGUGUUUCUCAUUCGGUGGGAUGUUUUCUCCAACUCCGGUCCACGUUCUGCUACCUGUGGCUUGGCAGUUACUUGUGACGGUACUGUGCCUUACUGACAGACCAGAGAGAGCUAUGCCAUCGAUACCUCUCAACCUCACCCUGGUUCAUAACCCUCCACUCUACUACAAGGAAGCCGAGAUCAGCUGGUCUCCGGGGAAUCCCCAUGAACCCUUAACCGAUUACAUCAUCGUCAACAGAGCCGAGGGGAGCGACACCAAAGCCGUGACCCGCAUUGACCCCGAGUAUACGUCAUUCACAUUGAAGGAUUUAAAAGAAAAGACGAAGUAUGUUGUGUACGUCAAGGCGGCUAUUGGGAACGACCACAGCGAGGGCAGCUCCAAACUAGAGUUUAACACCCAAAGUAAAAGGGGCCUCCACCGCACCUUCACAACGACUGCAGCAGACAUUCUAAUCCUCCUGAUGGUUCUGGCGGUCUGGUUUGGCGCCCUCUCUCUCUUUAUACGCACCUGGAGGAAAAAGAUGAACGGUCACGUGUCACAAUCUUCCAGCAACGCGGGGACCCCGGUACGCCUGCGCAGUCGGUACAGGAAACCAUGGAUGUGGUCACAAAAGCGCCGUCCGGACCACCGUGGAUACCCGAUGACAUGAUAUGAUGACGUCACAUCUAGGUACUAUUGUCUGCUGAGGAUAUUAAUUAACGGAGUCUUGUUGAUUUGAACGUCUCUGUCUACCAUUCGGUUUGCCGUUGGAGGAAUCGUGACAGGUGCUGAGGCUAGUUAGCACCGCGACGUUGAGGGCGUUGAUCAUUUCGACGUUGAUGACGGUGUUUAUGUCGCCGUUGAGGGCGUCAGUUUUACGGAGGAAAUGGAUAUUACAACUUUGAGGUCUUGAUGAUGGAUAUGAAUUGCAAUUACGGUCGACGGUGCCUAAUUAACCUUUCAUUAAUAUAAUAAUGCUAAUCAUCUUUGGUAACUGCCUGCAGUAUUCAGCGUCUUUAACUUUCCAAACGUCACAAGCAGUACGAUGCUUUUGAAUCAGUGCGCCCUCCCGAAAAUCAGUCCACUCUGACUGGGAAACUGUAUGUGUUUCUUCAGCAGCAUGAAGUUGAAUAUUGAUUCUACUCGAUAAACCGUUUUUAAGAGGUAGAACAGUUAAGCAACGAGAGAGAACAAUACCUACUCUGACAGAUGUCAUCGGUGACAUUAUGAUUGGAAGGAAUUGAGGAAAUGCGCCCUCUGUAAAGACAUGUUUCGGCAGGUAAAUAAUGCCCUUUGUUGAUUGGUUAGCCCAAACAUCUGACGUCACACGAUCGAAGCUCGUGAUUAACGCCCGAUACCGGCUUUUAUAAAGCCUAGCAGUUACCGACCAGAUGUAUUUUUGACCUUGCAUGCCAUAAUAGUGUGUGGAUUAUAAAAUGAUUCAAAAUGUGGUCUUUUGUGGAUAUUCUAUGUUUCAUUGGGGAUAAAAAUUAUAACAAGAUUGAUCAUUUAUUUCAUUUUCAAUUCAUGACGCAACAUGACUGAAAUCUGUUUUGGCUCACUAUGUUCGUGUCCAUUUUGAUCGGUUGAGAGAGCACUGUUAACAUUUACUCAUUUAAUUGAUUUAUGAAUACUCGAAACUUUGUAAAAAAGUGAAUUGUAGUAAUACAAAUAUUUAACACUUUAACACUCCGUAUUUUCUUAUAAACGAACAUUUCGAACUUGUAUGAUUAACUUUUUAAGAAAGUUGAAAUUUUGUCUGAAAAGGAAAUCUCUGCAUCAAAUGUUUUACUAUUCUCAAAUAGUUAAACAAAUAACUAAAUGACAAUCUCUUCGCCCUUCACUGCUAAAAACACUUUAAUUAUGUAUGAUUAUAAAACACACGUAAUUUUCAUCACAUCUUUAGUCCAAAAAACCAUGAAUUGCUACAUAAGAUGCAUUUUUGAAUGUCGCUAGUGAUUUUUUAAUUACAUUCUUUGUAUGGUAGUCUGGAUAGCGAUCCUGAUCUCUUGCUUCGUGGAUCUGUGAAUAAAAUAAAAUAAAACAACAUAAAAUGUUUUAAUAAAUCA